AUGGCUGAGGUCCCUUUAAGGCCGGCCUGCUUCCUUUUCCUGCCGGGGCCCCUAGGCUUCGGCUCGUACCAACGCACAGGGGAGGGGAGAGACUCGAGAGCCAGCCGCAAAGGAAGAAACUGGAAAGGGAGCAGCAGAAGAGACCUGAGAGGGAAUCUGCAUUUUGCAUUUCACAGAGGGCGUAAACUCCUGGAGGCAACCGUAAGGCGUAGAGAUUACUCCGUCCCGAGUCUGCGCCUCCCCAAGAGAUUGGGUGACUUAGUACAGCCCACAUCGCUUCCCCGCCCGCGACGCUUGCGAUCCUCGUCGCUCUCCGGGACCCAGGCUGGGAAGAGGUGGCUAGAGAGGCUCCGAGCAUGCCUGCCGCUUGCUUCUAGCGCCGCCCUGGUGGUGGGAGGAUUAGAGCCCAAGUUCCACCCUAACGCCUUUCCAUCUCCUAAAUGCCUUGAUAUAACUCUGGGGUCACCGCCUCCAAGAAGGAAUCAGGAGAGCCAGAGGAUGGCAUCCACAUCUGCCAGGAGUGGGGACAAAAAGGACAUCAGGUCAUCUCAAGCUGCCGCCUCCUUAGGUGGAGGGCAGAAAUUAUCCUGCUCUGAAGAAUUCCUGACCCGAAUCAGCACAGAACUUACAGACGAAGCACUGUUUAUUGCUCGCUCCCGUUUGAGUCCUCUGCCCAAUAAGGAAAAGAACACAAAAGACCAAGGGACUCAGAUAUCUAGACAUGUGUUCUUCACUAAGACCCGAGGCACUGACACCCGCUCUGACAAAAAUCGAACCCGAACCAAGGCACACCUUCUGCCAUCUCCUCGUGAAAAGGGACCACUCCCCAACAGCCUGACAACUGGAGGAUGAGCUCGGCCCUCCCUAGUACUGCUCUCUCAGCUUCUUGCCUUCCCCCACUAUGUCCCUCAGUGAAAACCUCAAGGCCUCUCUUUUGCAACUGGCUAAGCCUCUCAUCUUGGGAGGAACUCCUGGUCAUAAGCAAUGCCACCUUUGAAACCAAGAAAAUCUUCUGGAACUGUCGCGGGGCCCUCCACCCUCCGUGGGCAAAUGCUACUGAGAAGAAAAGGUUUUAAUAAAGAACCAGGAUCCUCCCUUCCCCGA